UUAUCGGUUGGCAGGCGAACAAAUUUGAAUCUGAAACUUGUAUGUCCAACCGUCACGUUGUGAGCGGCGCGUAAUAAAAAUCUCGCUCGAAAUUUUUUCAAGUUCAGGCGUCUCUCUGGUGCCCCUCUCCAAAGCCAACCGACACCGAAAGAAUGUCGUACAAGAACAUCUAUUAUUCCGACAAAUAUUACGACGACAAAUACGAAUACAGGCAUGUUCAACUGCCAAAAGAUUUGGCCAAACUAGUGCCCAAGAGUCAUUUGAUGACCGAAGCUGAGUGGAGGGGUCUUGGCGUCCAACAAAGUCAAGGCUGGAUUCACUACAUGAUCCACCAGCCAGAGCCUCACAUCUUGUUGUUUCGACGCCCCAUCACCACACCCCCAAUGGAAGAAAAGGAAUCAUAAAAAAAUAGCCUUGCAACCCGUCCUCCUGAAAGCCACCAAGUGCGAUUAAAAUGUGUUGCUAUUGAUAAUUAUUCCAUUUGACGUUUCCUCUUCGAUUCAUCUUCCAAUCCCUGUCCUCUGUUCAACCAUUUCCCACUCAUUCCCUUCACACUUAAAAAAUGUCAUUUUUUUUUCAUUUUUUUAGGCUUCCACAAAGAGCCACUUUCUCAGUUUAGUUUUGAGUGUUAAUAGAGCCAGAGAACCUGUACAAUAUGUCGUGUGUACCGUAAUAAAACCCUUGUUUCGCUGCUAACGCAGAAAGAGAAA